ACCCAAACAACUUCAACCUCUAUUUUCAUUUAAUUCCCCCUUCAAGGCGGUGAACAUUUUGCUCUCUUGUCCAGUUCCAAGUAGUUCCCCCGAGUAACAACAACGAUGGCUCUCACUUGCAUCGACCACGAAAAAUUAUACGCUAAAGACGCCAACGUGAAGCGUGAAGACGUCAGAAUCAUCCAAGAAUGGCUGAAAAAACAGCCCCAUUUGCCAAUGCUCGAAGAAAUGCAAAUAAUCAUGGCCCUUCAUAGCUGCUACUAUCGAAUUGAAGCGGCCAAAAUUACCAUUGACAAUUAUUUCACCAUUCGAGAUGUUUGUCCGGAGUUAUUUGAGAGUUUAGAUCGAGAUGGUAUUAAAAGGGUUUCCAGUGCUUUGUUUGCGAAUGUUCUCACGAAAAAAACUCCCGAAGGAUAUGGUAUCCUAAUGUUGCGACUUUUCGAUGACAAACCCGAAGUUUUCAACUGUGCCACUUUUCUCAAUUACAUAGUUAUGGUUGCGACUUUGCACUUGCAUCAGAACGGUUUCCUAAACGGAGCUAUGGCAAUUUUUGAUAUGAAGGGUUUUGGCUUGGGGCAUGCAGCCAGACUCAACUUAAAUGUGAUCAAACAUGCACUAAGUUUCGUUCAGGAUGCACUACCCGUUAGGAUAAAAGGAGUGCAUGUUAUCAAUGCUCUUCCUCUGGCUGAUAAAGUUUUGGCCAUGUUGAAGCCCUUUAUCAAAAGUGACCUGUACAAUAUGAUACAAUUCCAUCCUCCGGGAUCCGAAACCUUGUAUAAACACGUACCGAAAGAAUGUUUACCGGAAGAAUACGGGGGCCAGCUUUCCUCAAUGCAAACCUUGAAUGAAAAAAGCGUAAACAAUAUGUUGGACCACCUCGACUUCUAUAAAUGGCACGAUGGGCAAAAAAUCGACGAAUCCAAAAGAAUUGGUAAAUCGAAAUUUGCAAGCGAUUUUGGUGUUGAUGGAACUUUUAAAAGACUUGAUGAAAUCGACUAAUACGCACAAAUGUGCAAGUUUUAUUUUAUUACCAAUUUGAAAAAAAAAAGAAAAUAAUUAGGUAUUCUGUUGGGUAUUUGUGAACUUGGAUUUUUAUAACACAAACCUUGACAUAACAAUAAACAUGUUUUAUGUGA